AUGGAGGCUGCCGCAGAGGCGCUCUCGACCUCCCAGCUGCAGCCGCACGUGGCCGGCGCCUUCUUCGCGCUCGCGGCGUGCACCGUGGCGCUCGCCGCCCUGCUUGCCGUGGCGCGCACCCGCCCGCCGUGGUGGUGCGACUGCGCGGUGUGCGAGGCGUACCUGACGGCAUCGUGGGCCGGCGAGUUCGACAACCUCUGCGACUGGUACGCGCACCUGCUGCGCGCCUCGCCCUCGCGCACGGUCCACGUCCACGUCCUCCGCAACGUGCUCACCGCCAACCCGGUCACCGUCGACCACAUGCUGCGCGUCCGCUUCGACAACUACCCCAAGGGCGCGCCCUUCUCCGCCAUCCUCGCCGACUUCCUCGGCCGCGGGAUCUUCAACGUCGACGGGGACGCCUGGAUGUUCCAGCGCAAGCUCGCCGCCGCCGAGCUAGCCUCGCCCACGAUCAGAGCGUACGCGGCGAGCGUCGUGGCCUCCGAGCUCCGCUCCCGCCUCGUUCCCCUGCUCCACUCUGCUUCCUCUGACGAUGCCGAUGGCAAGGUGCUGGACCUGCAGGACGUGUUCCGCCGCUUCGCCUUCGACUGCAUCUGCAAGAUCUCCUUCGGCCUCGACCCGGGCUGCCUCGAGCUGUCCAUGCCGGUCUCGGCGUUCGUGGACGCGUUCGACGCGGCGUCCAUGCUCUCCGCGCGGCGCGCCAUCGCGCCAAUGCAAAUCGUAUGGCGCUUAAAGCGGCUCCUCAACGUCGGGGACGAGAGGAAGCUCCGUGACUCGGUGCGCCUCGUCGACGCGUUCGCCACGGAGGUGAUCCGGCAGCGGCACAAGCUGGGCGCCUCGUCUGGUAGCGACCUCCUGUCGCGGUUCAUGGGGUCCAUCAGCGACGACAGGUACCUCCGGGACAUCGUCGUCAGCUUCAUGCUCGCCGGCCGCGACACCGUGGCCUCGGCGCUGACCGCCUUCUUCCUGCUCCUCUCCGACCACCCGGAGGCCGCCGCGGCGAUCCGGGACGAGGUCUCGCGCGUCGCCGGCGACGACGACGACCGACCAGUCUUUGGCAAGCUCAAGGACAUGCACUACGUGCACGCCGCGCUGUACGAGAGCAUGCGGCUGUUCCCGCCGGUGCAGUUCGACUCCAAGUUCGCCGCGGGCGACGACACGCUCCCGGACGGCACGGCCGUGACGAAGGGCACGCGGGUGACCUACCACGCCUACGCCAUGGGGCGGAUGGAGUCCGUGUGGGGUCCCGACUGCGCCGAGUUCCGCCCCGAGCGGUGGCUCCGAGGCGGGCGGUUCGUGCCGGUGAGCCCGUACCGGUACCCGGUGUUCCAGGCGGGCGUGCGCGUCUGCGUGGGCAAGGACCUGGCGCUCAUGGAGAUGAAGGCCGUCAUCGUGGCCGUGGUCCGGAGCUUCGACGUUGAGACGGUCGGGCGGAGCUCGCGCCGGCCAAAGUUCGCGCCGGGGCUCACGGCCACGUUCGCGGGCGGCCUGCCCGUCAGAGUUCGCCGGCGAGCGAGCGCGGUGAGCGGGCACGGCCCGCCCCGCAAAUCUAAUACUACCACAACAGAGGAAUAAACAAGUGUUCGUACGCCGAUCUGUUCUCGCUUGCUGUUUCUUUCAGGUCGGAAUUUUUUAGGUAAAAAAUCAGGCGCUAGAUUUGUAUGUAAAGCCGCUGUAGAUUAUGAGCUUUAUGACUCCGUGGCCACUGGUGUCGCGAGAGUGCGUUGGCCCUUGGCAAGCUGAUGCUGGAAAAGACCAUUGAUUAUUCAGUUCAUCGGUCUCCACUUGCGAUCAGUUGAUCGAUCAAUCGACAGAUAUAUUCUUGGAAUCGAUCUGAAACUAGUCAGACCGGAUCAGGUAUCAUUCACACACGAUUUUUUCGUGGGUUAUGUAUAAUUGCAUCUUCUGUCAGGCGAUCUAAAAUAGCGACCCAUUCGAUUUA